AUGAUGAUCGAGCCUCACCAAAACCACAACUGGAAUAAGGUGGGGGGAGUUUCCAACGACUCACCGCGUUAUGGUGCCCAGGAAGGCACCUCUUUCCCCAGCGACAACGUGAAUCCCCAGUCGCUCAUGCUUGACCCAAAUCAAGCUGGUGGUCACUUGUAUGAAGCUACUGGGAUUGGAACGGAAGGCAACGACCAAACACGUGCCAACACAGGUGACGAGAAUGGAUAUCACUACUCGAUGAAUCUGGCGGGCUUCAUGUUCGAAGAGAACACCUUACUUCACCCUGCUGACAACAACGUCGGUGGACGGACUAUGGUUGCCGGUUCGACUUUUGUCGCCAGUAAUGUUGGCAUUAAUGGCUUAAUGGACGUCGCUACCGACUAUGAUUCCAAUAAUGACGAUUCCACUGUGACGGUCGGCGAAUAUCCCGAUGUGGCGGACAACGACUCCACCAGCGCCGACACGGACUCCGAAGGUGAAGAGUCUACUCUAAAUGCCACCAACGGCAACGAACGCACUGCCCGGUUAAGCGUACAAACUGCUCAAUACCCCAUCACUGACUCCGACGCCGAACGAAUGGAAGAAGAGGCAAUGCAACUUCUUUAUGAUAAUGCCACUUUCCCCGAAUGGAACUGCCUUAAUCACCCCAAUUUUUACAACAUUACCCAGUUGAACCUGGAAUUCAAGAAGGGGGUGGAGUGCCUUUCAAAUAUCAUGUCGCUUCACAAGUUUGCCCACACAAACCUCCAAGCGAAAUUCGUUAGUAAAGCCAUUUUUAAUUUCACCAUGGAUGUGGCUAUGGACAAACUUUGCCUUUGGACAAACAACUCCGGUAAGGGCAUUGCCUUCAAGAAUGUCAUAGACGGCUUUGAAAAAAUGGAUCAACUUGUGGAGUUAGUGUGGAAUUGUUGUCUUCACCCAAUUGCAAUGGCGACCAAGAAGUGUCGUCGGCGCUCGAGUCAGCUGGUGGUUUCCCGCCCACUCUUGAUGGAAGCGUUAGCCCAAUUAGGGGUCACCCAAACCCCUACCUAUUUCGUGAUAGCGCUAGUGCAUGAAUGGACGCCAGAGAUGGGACUUUGCGGCGCCAUAUUUGAAUUCUUGAAGGACAAACAACCACCCUGGUACGGGACACUUCCUCUGAACCAUCUGUUGCAAAAUAUCGUUGAGAUGUGGCAAACUGUGAGCACCUUCAAGGAAGUCCUUUACGAACGAGACCCUCGUCAUUUCAUUCCGAAAGAUAAUGACUUCAACGAGCUCGGCCACUUGCCACGCCCAGGUGGACCCGGAUUCGAGAAACUGUUGUAUCACGCUGAGUAUUUUCAGUAUGUCAUGCAAUACGUCGAACUUAUGGCGGCAUUGACCGCACAAUUUGUCAAUGAUCAAGGCCAUUUGACGAGAGGAGCGUUAAAGCAAGUUCGGAAAAAGAUUGAGGAGACACUCUGGGACAAUCCUCGUUGGAACGGGCAAAUGGUCACUUUGAAAGAGUGUAACUCGUCAGCGUCGUUGGUGGAAUGGUGCUUGGACAACAUGUUGUCUGCGUAUGAUAUCGCAGGAAUACUCUACGUCAUUGCCAACAUGACAUUGGACCCCGAGCAAGUGGAUACGCCGCAGUUACUUUGGAAGAUUCAAGCACACUUGCCAUAUUUGGCAUACCACUAUCCGUUCCUCUUGGAGGCCUUACAGUCGGGCCCGUGGAGCCUGGCAUUAUCAAUCAAGGCCACGCCGAAACCAGCGCUGUUUGCUGUUGAACCUGCCACUGCCAUCAUUACUGCCAAGGUUGCAACCCCAGAAACCAAGUUGACACUUCCUAAGGCGGAGGAUGAAUUGCCACCUCCCGAAUUGGAACAUGAACUACCACCUCCCGAAUUGGAACAUGAACUACCUCCUUCCAAAUUGGAACAUGAACCACCUCCUUCCAAAUUGGAAGACGAAUUACCUGCUUCCAAUGCGCAGAACUUUGCACCUACCGCUACUGGUAAAGCUAGUCCUACAGUUGCCAUCCAAACUGCUAAGGCUUUUCCUUUGACCCCGCCACCACCUCCUCCCAAUUCAGGUCAAAGUUCUGGAGGUAAAGGCUCGAGUGGUAAACGCCACCGUACCUCAAAUGGGGUCUUAUCAUUGGUGGUACGGGUGUGGUGCUCUUCCUUACUAGCGACUUAG